ACCCUCCCUGUCCCACCAGAGUGGCCCGGUGAUUGACAUGCCUGUCCCUGCCAGUUUCAAUGACAUCACCCAGGACCCCAGACUGCGGGAUUUCAUUGGCUGGGUGUGGUAUGAGAAGGAGGUGUGGGUUCCUCAGCGCUGGGCGGACGUUGAUUCCGGGCAGCGCGUGGUGCUGCGCGUUGGCAGCGCCCACUAUAACUCCAUUGCUUGGGUAAACGGAGCUCAGGUUACUCAGCACGAAGGCGGGCACCUCCCUUUUGAAGCUGACAUUACCAAGCUGGUUCAGAGCAACCCAAGCCAGCCCUGCCGCAUCACCAUAGCAGUGAAUAACACCCUGAACCUGCACACCCUGCCUCCGGGGAGCAUUCAGUACAUGAGUGAUGAGACCAAGUACCCCGCCGGAUACUUUGUUCAGAAUAUAAACUUUGACUUCUUUAACUAUGCUGGACUUCACCGACCAGUCCUUCUGUACACUACACCCAAAGCAUGCAUAGACGACAUCACAGUUACAACAGACUUUGCAGACAGUACAGAGGUGUGUUUUGUUGGUACAAUGUUCAAGGACACAUGCAACCCAGAAAGGUUCUCUGCAAUCACUGGAGUGGUGAACUACGUGGUGUCUAUCAAGGGAAGCUCAAACCCUUCGGUGACAGUGGCUUUGUCUGACAAAGAGGGUAACGUUGUGGCAGCAGCCAGUGGGCCUGCUGGAAUGCUUAAAGUCGCUGAUGUGAAACUUUGGUGGCCCUACCUGAUGCAUGAAAGCCCUGGAUAUUUGUACUCUCUGGAGGUGCACAUGACAGCUAAGAGUGGCAGCUAUCAGUAUGAGGACUAUUACACAGUGCCUGUAGGAAUCCGCACGGUCCGGGUCACGAGCCGUCAGUUUCUCAUCAACAGCAAGCCUUUCUAUUUCCAUGGCGUCAACAAGCACGAAGAUUCAGAUAUCCGAGGGAAAGGUCUUGACUGGCCAUUGAUUGUGAAGGACUUCAACCUUCUGCAAUGGCUGGGAGCCAACUCCUUCCGCACCAGCCAUUACCCGUACGCAGAGGAGAUUCUGGACAUGUGCGACCGGCUUGGGAUUGUGGUCAUUGACGAGUGUCCUGGAGUGGGCAUCAAGGACAUCCGGAGUUUCGGGAACGAGUCUCUCGCCCACCAUUUGAUUGUGAUGGAGGAGCUAGUUCGACGGGACAAGAACCGCCCCUCUGUCGUGAUGUGGUCCGUUGCUAACGAGCCCAACUCGGAGCUGGCCCCGGCUGAUUACUACUUCAAGUCUGUGAUAACCCGCACCAAGUCUCUGGAUCCCACCCGGCCUGUGACCUUUGUGUCGAACAGCAACUUUAAUCGAGACAGAGGUGCCCCGUAUGUAGAUGUGAUUUGUGUGAACAGCUACUUCUCUUGGUACCACGACCCGGGACACCUGGAGGUCAUUCAGAUCCAGCUGAACACUCAGUUUGAGGAUUGGUACAAGAAGUAUCAGAAACCGAUCAUUCAGAGCGAAUACGGGGCUGACGUCGUCCCGGGGUUACACAGCGAUCCUCCCAUGAUGUUCACCGAAGAGUAUCAGAAGAUUGUGCUGCAAGAGUACCACGCGGUCUUUGAUCGGAAGAGAAAAGAAUAUGUCGUGGGAGAGCUUAUAUGGAACUUUGCUGAUUUCAUGACCACUCAGAGCACAACUCGCGUUGUUGGGAACAAAAAGGGGAUCUUUAGCCGCCAGAGGCAGCCUAAGACAGGCGCCUUCAUCCUGAGAGAUCGAUACUGGAAACUAGCGAAUGAAACAGGGAGACUUCCCCUUGCAGCCAGAUAUCCCUAGAGAGGAGCCCCUGGACACAGACUUUCACUUCACGUCUCAGCAGUGUACACUGUGCCUUACUGCUUCAUAUCUGGAGUCCAGAUCCAACCUCUUAAAACACAUUGUAAAAGAACCAGUUUUUUACUUGGAGAUUACAGUGUCACAAUAUUUUUAAAACAUGUGCGCCUGAUUGUUUAAAGCUGCUAGUAAUGACAAGAGUUAUUUAUUACAGGCUCCUAACUGAGCAACUUUAUACAAUUGAACAUGUGUGCUGCCAGAACAAAUAUAAAAAUUGUAAUGCCAAUGCAAAUAAGAAUAAGGUCACUUAAACUUUGUAUUUUUUAUAGAAGUGCUGAAAAAGAAUUUGUAUAAAUGUUGUUUUUUUUUUAACCCUGUAAGCCUGUUCUCUGCAUGAGCCUCACCUGAACAGGCUGUGUUUGAAAAAGUAAUACGUGGUUCAAGAUGUAGGCGGAAGCAAGGCUCUCAGUAUUCGUGCUUGUACUGUAUAAAUAAGAUAUACAGGUUAUGAAAAUACCAGAGUGCAUGGAGAACAAGCCUUGCUCGUUGUAAUGGGACCAGGAGCCUGGCAGCGAGCGGCAACGUGCAGGCGUGAACACUUUGGUAGCGCAGAAGAAUUAUGUUGUGCUUGAAUUUCAAGGCUUCCUUGAACAGGGUACAGUAUCACAUGUGCUGCAAUAAAGACAGUCUCCACA